UUUAGCCACCUCGACGGUUGCCGUGCAGCAUGGCGGUUUGAGUCAUUCCAACAGGUGCUCACGUGGCUCUCCUCACCUGGCACCUGUCCCAGAGCUUCCGAUCAGGUCGACGCGUUCAGCUGUAGUUUGUUUACAGAGGUCCGUUUGGAGGCUGCGUCCCAAAUCUGCACACCGGUUUCCACUCAAGCUAACAGUGUGCGAAAUGCAAGCAGCCACUAUCUCAUAUGGCAAAGAGACCACUGCGGUUGCCUUAGAUGAUGAUGAAGAUGAAGAUGAUGAGGGUGGUGGUGGUGGUGGUGAGGUUGGACAGGAGAGUCGGACAGAAGACAGCGAGUUAAAGAAACCAGGACAGGUGCAUACAGUCAGCAUGGACGUCCAGCAACACGCAGCGCCAGCUCCGGCUGCAUCAAGCGAGAAGACCGCAAAGAAGAAGACGAGGAGGGACAAGAGGAGACUGAUGAAGAAGAAGCUCACGUCAGCUGAUACUUCAGACAAUUUAAUGUCAGAGCUUCCGUUUUCUCUGGCCAGCCCCACCGCAUGGAAAGAGUUAGGAUUCCUCAGCUCAGAGUCAACCCAGACGAAGAGGAAGAGGAAGAGAGGAGACGUUGGAGGGCGAGUGGACAGUGAAGAGGAUGCAGAGAAGAAGAAGAAAAAGAAAGAAAGCCAGAGACCCAACUACUUUGUCUCCAUCCCCAUCACUAACACACAGAUCACUUCAGCCGUCAUCGAGGUCCAAGAGGCGGUGCUUCAGCAGGAGCCACGAUUGGCCAAAGCCAUGAUUCCUGUCCCGACUCUCCACAUCACGCUUUUAGUCACUCAUCUCGCCAAUCAGGAGCAAGUGGACCUGGCAGCUACUGCGCUGGCUCAGGUCGAGCCAUCAGUGGUUGAGCUGCUGGGUGGGCGGGAUCUGGUGCUGCCCUUCUCAGGGAUCGGUCAUUUCAGGAAGGAGGUGGUGUUUGUUGGGCUGGCCCCUGGAGAACACAGACACACACUGGACAGUCUGGCAGAGUUGUUGCGGAGCCGUUUUGUGGAGCAGGGUCUUCUGCAAGGAGACAGCCGUGGGUUUGAACCCCACCUCACCAUUAUGAAGCUGUCCAGAGCAUCGAAACUACGAUCCCAGGGUAUAAAGCGUGUGGACCCAGCUCUCUACUCCAACUACACAAACAAGUUCUUUGGAGACCAGACGGUUGAGCGAGUGGAUCUUUGUUCCAUGUUGAAAAAGAAGCAACAAGAUGGGUAUUACCACACCGAGUCUUCACUGCAACUCGAUUUGGUUCAGAACCCACUCCAUCCCAAACGUUCAAGUGGGCGUCGCCGGUCUGAGCCUGACGAGGCGGAGCUACUGAGGGUCAGCAGGCGAUUGGUCGAGGAUGCCGUCAAUCGCGCCUUGCAGCAAUACAAGCAGGAAACAUUUCAAAAUGGCGGUGGGCCUAAUGCCACGGCAGUGCAGCCCGCCGGCAGCACAGAAGACACAGCAACAAAGAAGGACACUAAAGCUAACUCCACUACAGACAACAGGAAGUGACAUCAUCAAACAGAGGUACACAGACUGAAAAACCAGCUGCCCAGAAAACAUCAGCCAGGUCUGGCUCAACCAGGAGAAGAGUCACUAAGCCCUGGGCACAAAAGCCUGAACCAGCCAACCAGUCAGCCCAGUUUGCUGACCUGCCAACCCAGCUAGCCAAUCACAACGGCUGGCCAGUCAUGCUAGCUACCUGCCCAACUGACCUAGCUUGACACUAGUUGAAAA